AUGCCUCAACUCAACCCCGCACCCUGAUUUGCCAUUUUAGUCUUCACCUGACUAAUUUUCCUAACCGUUAUUCCUCCUAAAGUGCUAGCUCAUACUUUCCCCAACGAGCCAACUCUUCAAAGCGCAGAAACCCCUAAAACAGAGCCCUGAAACUGACCAUGACACUAA